CCACUGCUGCUGGCCCAGGUAGAGGACGAGGAGGCAGGGAGGGACCAGUAGCAGCAGCUUGGUGGCGAUGAAGGACAAGAGGUGUGGCUGUACUGAUAGUGAGAGGAGGGAGGUGGCGUUGACCGCCAUCUGAGCUCACUGUUGGACAGAGAAGAACAAGGGGAAAGUGGAAAGAGUUGAGAGAACAAAGGAUUACACAAUCAUAAGAACCAAACCAUUUACCUACAGUAGGAAGGAGUUUCAGAAAAUGCUGAGUCAGCUCUAGUAUCUACUGGAAACCCGAUGCACCUGAGAGCUCUCACCAGGUUCCUCCUGCUUCGGUUUCUGGACGUCCAAACACAGAGAGCCUCAGCCUGAUUGGAGUCAGUGGACUGUUUGACUCUACUCGUCAUCUGCUCUGUGUGACUCUGUUAGUGGCCACUGGUCUUGUUAAUCUCGCUGUCCGGCAGCAGCUCGACUCCUUUGCAUAGUUUUAUUUUGUCACUCCAUCCUUCCAAUGUAACAGGCAAAUGAGUCUUUAAGUAACAGAUGCACUGUAGGAAAUGUUUUCCAUGUUGUGUUGUUGGUGUUGUUUUAUGCUGCUGCUUAUAAAUACACAGUGAAUACAACUCUGAAUGAAAUAAUUAAGAAAAGAAACAUGUACAAAACCACCGGAGCGUGUUGAUAAUCCUGAAGCAAUCUAGUGAUUUGUCAUUGAAUUAUUAAAAACACAAGCAGCCAGUACAAGAUGUCCCAAAAAGCUCAGCAGCAGAACUCCCAGUGGCUGUGAUGGUGUAGAGAGCUCAACCUGAACCCCAGACCUGGACCCAGAUGGACCCAGACCAGGCCAAAGCACACGUAUGUCAGACAGGAUGCAAAACUUCUACAUGAGCAACGCUGAUAGUGUCCAGUUCCAGUCGGAGCCCAGGAUGAUUAGUUGCAGAUGUUUGGGUCCACUGGAACGUGGCUCCCAGCUUUUAAAGCUUUUAAAGCAUGUUUGUGACUGUAGUGUUCUCACCCUGAUUAACGUCUGCUGCUUCAGUGUCUUAAUUUUUUCCCAAUGUCCAAAGUGCCAUCAUGAACUGUCACUGAGUGUGUCAAAUAGUGUGAUAGAAGAGUGUGUUAGAAGAGAAAAGAGUGUGUUAAAAUAUACAAUGUCUACAGAUGCUGGGAGUUGGGUUCUGGUGACGCUGAUCCAGAUCGUGUUUCCCUGUUCUCCCCUCCCGUCUCCUGCGGUGUUCCCCAGGGCUCCGCUCUAGACAUGUCGUCGUUUAACUCUUCCAACUCCUCACCGGAUCCUAUUUUCACGUGCACCAACUUCAAAACGACCAUGUUCGUCUUCAGCUCCUUCGUCUUCAGCUACGUCCUCUUCCUCCCGCUCUUCUUCUUCAUCAUCUUUCUGGCCGUCCGGCAGUGGAGGGAGCAGCGCCGCAGGUCGACGGCAGCGAGGACGAGCCAUUCCGACUUCUUCACCUACAACGUGGUGGUGCUGGAGCUCAUUAAUAUUUGGGGGUAUUGCCUUUGUAUUAUUGGAAUCUACAGCCGCGGCCAAACACUGCAGCUCACUGGAACAUGCAUUUGCUCGAUCACCGCACCAGCACAGAACCUGCUCCACCUGCUCACCUGUGUGGAGCGGUACCUGGCUGUGAUUCAGCCCAUCACGUACCUGAGUCUGAAACAGGCCUCUGGGCUCAGGCUGAGGAACGCCAGCGCUGCCUGUGUCUGGCUGCUGUGUGCUGGUCUGAUGGGUCCCAAUUUGUUUAACAAAGAAUUUCUGGGAUUUGCAACUUUAUGUAUCUUGCUUUUCUCCCUGACUCUCGUAUCCUUCUGCAGCUUCUCUGUUCUCUGUGUUUUGCACCAGUCGGGACCAGGACGGGUCAGCAGAGACAGGAAGCAGGUCGAUCAGACCAGGCAGAGGGCCUUUAACACCAUUGCUGCCAUAAUGCUAGCGCAGUGCUGUAAGUUUGUGGGAAACCUGGUUUCCGCUGGUGUGUUUAGUUCGCCUGUGUCCACCAUCACAGACUGUGUAGUAGGAAUAUCUGCACUGUGGCUGGGCUUUCCCUGCAGCCUGGUGCUGCCGCUGCUGUACCUGCAAAGAGCUGGAAGACUGCCAGGCUGCAAAACAGCACGAAGUCAAGAUGAAGUUCAGAUUGGAAAAAUACAAAGUAGUUUCACUGAUGAGAAGUAACAUAAGCAGUAAAUAUAUGAAACAUAAUAACAGUAUAGACGUCUGAGUUAGAAUCUGUGCUCUGAAACCAAGAACUAAGAUGUUUGUAUCUAACAGCAUGUGUGUGAUACCACAUUAGUAGUACAGGAGGCCAGAAGGUACUACGGACAAUGCUGCUCUGAAUGUACAGGUGAUUUGAUUGAUUUAGUGAGUUGUGUUGUAUUCUAUCCAUGUACAUUAAUAAUGUUAAUGUCUGUCCUAUAAAGUCCUUGUUUAGUAAAUGUCCCAGAUGUGGAUGGUUGGUAAACGGGACGCAUCCUGUUCUAGCGGGUGUGACAGCUGAUGUUGAGCUCCAGCACAGAACAGCAGCUGCUGAUGGCACCAGGUGUGUCCUUGAGCAAGGCACCUCACGCCCGUUCCCUGACACCGCAGUGUGGCAGCUCUCUGCUCCCCAGGGGAUGGGUUAAAUCCCACUGUGGGACAAUUAGAAGAAAGAUUAUUAUUCAUUAUAUCCUGAAUGUGAUUCAGUAAACUGAGUGAUUUAACAUUUGAAGCUGUAGG